CAGCUGAUAUAAGGACGUGGUUUGUUCCGGUGAAAAGUGGGUUUCGCUGCUACAAGACGGGCGGUUUUAGAGUAUAAUUUAUCAUGUUUUAACCAACAAAUGUCCAUGUUUUUAGGGACUGGAUUAUUUUAUUUAACAAGACAAUGACGCCUUUGUGUUUUCCCUCUGAGAACUGGGCUCUGUAACGCCUUCUCCCGCUGCCUAGCUCUCCAUCGAUUGAAGAAACAAUGCAGGCCUAGCUAUCAGCUAAUGGUAGCUAGCGGAAGCUAAUCGGAUAACGCUGGUCCAGCAGACUGCAGUGGGAUUUAAACCUUGGACGAAGCCGUUUUUCGACGUUGCAAUAACAUCCAAUCCGCUAUGAGCUCUCAGCUGCAGGUCUUCUCUCCUCCCUCGAUCUCCUCCAGUGCCUUUUGCCGUGUUAAGAAGCUGAAGGUGGAGAGCAAUGUCUGGGAUGUUUCCACUACUGAAGCUUACAGCUCCAUAGCAGGCCAGUCAGCAUACACCUUCACGCCUGCAAUGGCUGUGCCGCCCUUUGCACCGUCCCUGGUCUUCCCCCCUGCAGCUCCUGGCUCCAGGGGUCAAGUGGUGGUGCGGGCAGCUGAUAGCACCGGCAGUCUUCCCCGUGGCUCCAGUCGGCGUGUCACAGAGCAGGCGACGUCCUCCUCUUACACUCAUACUGAGACAGCCUCUGAAACGAGGGGUCACAGGCACGGGCAGAAGAGAAAGAUCGAGGAGGCCAGUGAAGGCAGUGGGAGUGGGUGUGGCAGUGUCCAAAUAUUAGAGGAGCUCUCAGCUCCGGCAGCAACAUACUCCACCCGUACGGGCGGCGGUGGAGGAGGGGGCACAGGUCAGUCUAUACCCCACUCGGCUCCGACCACCAAGAGCAGUAGCUCCAAUGGUGAAGGAGAUUAUCAGCUAGUGCAGCAUGAGAUCCUCUGCUCGGUGUCCUGUAGCUAUGAAGUGCUGGAGUUUCUGGGAAGAGGCACAUUUGGACAAGUAGCCAAGUGCUGGAAGAGAGGCACCAAUGAGAUUGUGGCCAUCAAGAUCCUGAAAAACCAUCCCUCAUACGCUCGACAGGGCCAGAUUGAGGUGGGCAUCCUGAACCGGCUAAGCGCAGAGAAUGCAGAUGAGUACAACUUUGUGCGUUCAUAUGAAUGCUUCCAACACAAGGGUCACACCUGCCUGGUGUUUGAGAUGCUGGAGCAGAACCUGUACGACUUUCUCAAACACAGCAAGUUCAGCCCACUCCCACUACGGCACAUCAGGCCCAUCCUACAGCAGGUGGCUACAGCACUAAUGAAGUUGAAGAGCCUGGGUCUGAUUCAUGCAGACCUGAAGCCUGAGAACAUCAUGCUGGUCGACCCCCUUAGACAGCCCUACAGGGUGAAGGUCAUUGACUUCGGCUCAGCAAGUCAUGUGUCCAAGGCCGUCUGCUCAACCUACUUACAGUCUCGCUACUACAGGGCUCCAGAGAUCAUUUUAGGUUUGCCAUUCUGUGAGGCCAUUGACAUGUGGUCUUUAGGCUGUGUGAUAGCUGAGCUGUUUCUGGGUUGGCCUCUCUACCCCGGAGCCUCGGAGUACGACCAGAUACGCUACAUUUCCCAGACUCAGGGCCUACCAGCAGAGUACCUACUGAGCGCCGGCACUAAGACCAGCCGCUUCUUCAACCGAGGCCCUGACUCCAGCUACCCACUCUGGAGGCUAAAGACCCCAGCAGAGCAUGAAAUGGAGAUGGGUAUCAAGUCCAAGGAGGCCAGGAAGUAUAUCUUCAACUGUCUGGAUGACAUGAUGCAGGUCAACCUGUCAUCUCAUUUGGAGGGGACGGACAUGUUGGCUGAGAAAGCCGAUAGACGAGAGUUUAUAGACCUCUUGAAGCGGAUGCUCCGUUUGGAUGCCGACAAAAGGAUCACACCUACAAAAACUCUGGGUCACCCCUUUGUCACUAUGAGCCACCUCAUGGAUUAUCCUCACAGCUCCCACGUGAAGUCGUGUUUCCAGAACAUGGAGAUCUGCAAGCGCCGGAGCUCCUAUGACAGUGGCAAAUCCUUGUACUCCACCAAUGCAGUCCCGAGCGCUGCAGCGGGAAACCUCACUGUUACCUUCAGUAGCCAACUCAACCAACAUAACCAGGUGCCUUCUGCGGGGGGAGCGGUGCCUUUGCUGAACUACCAGCCAGCUCUGUACCAGCAGGCGACUAUCAACAUUCCCGGGCUGGCUCAACAGAGUGUCCCGAUUCCAACGCGUCCUGCUGGGCUGUGUAGCCAGACAGAACCCUUCCAGCAGACUCUCAUCGUCUGCCCACCCUCCACUAUUCAAGGGCUACAGCCAUCCAGUAAGAGUUCUAGUUUCCCUGUGAGGAUGGAGAACUCUGUUCCUAUAGUACCUCAGAAUCAGUCUACUCAGUCAUUGCAGAUCCAGCCAAGUAUGCUCACACAGGGUUCCUGCACACCCCUGAUGGUGGCCACCCUGCACCCACCCUCAGCAGGCAUAGCCCCCCAGUAUUCUCUGCCCCUCGGGCUGGGCACCGGGGUGGGUCGGCCCACCCUCCUGGAGCACACAGCCACAGUGCUGCAGGCCUGGCCCACUGGCACCCAACAAAUCCUCAUACCAUCAUCAUGGCAGCAGGUUUCAGGCGUGGCCAUCCACAGCUCUGCCCACCAGUCAAAUGUCGCUGAAUCUCCCCUGGAAACACUUCACUCAGAUGCUGCCACACAGCAGGGAAACAGCUGGAGGAACACAACCCAAGCCAGGACUCAGCAGGAGAGGAAGAAAGUGAAAGCCAGACGUGGAGAGAACAGAAACAGGGGUCUCUCCGCUGCAUCAUUACUCAGCAGUAGUGGUGUGACUCCACCCAGUUCCAGCGCCACAUUGUCCCAGCCAAUCAUCAUCUCCGACACACCCAGCCCGGCGGUCAGCAUCAUCACUAUUCACAGUGACACUGACACAGAAGAUGAGCGCAAGUUCCAUCCGGCCAGUGUUGGUCUGAGCCAGCGCACUAAUGUCAUCAGCUGUGUGACGGUACACGACUCCGACUCCUCUACAGCCAGCCCCCUGACUCCUCUGCCACGCACACUUAACCCAGCUAGCACCAUGUCAUCACGUCAAGUCAAAUCUCUGGCAGUGGUGGCACCCUCGGUCAAAACCCAGGGCUCUGAGAGAGGAGCGGCUUCACGUGGACGCGUAGAGACUGUGAACUACAUGAAGCCUAAGAGAUCCAAUCGACAGCCGUGCAGCUCAGGGGAGAGCAUGGAGCGCCAUGGACUGGUGCCAAGUCAGUCACACCCCUUAAACCUUAGCCAGGUUCAGCCGGUGGUUUCUUCAUCUCAGGAGCGUUCGGGGGCGUCCCACGGCGACUCAACUCUGCGUCGCCAGCAGACAUUCCCUCCGGCCGUCUCAGCCUCUCACUACAACUUCCCCGAGGUCUCAGCCCUGACGUCAACCUCAGCCUCGGUCCCCGGCCUGUACACCUACCCAGCCUCCACCGCCCUUUCCUCGGCCUCGCAGGCCAUGGAGCAGCUGCUGGGCCGUGGCCACGGCAGCCACGGACACUCCCCCUCCACCUAUGCAGCAACGUACACCUCAUCCUCCUCCUCCUCCUCUUCCAGGAGAGACUCGGCCAGUCGCAGGGAUUCCGUCAGCAGCCUGCUGCACGGCCUCCCCGCAGCCUACCAGCAUCAGUUCGCCACUGGUUCUCCCUACGUUAGCGUGACGCCCCGGGCCGAGGCUUACAGUGCCUACCAGCUGAGCCCCAGGCGCCUCACACAGUACCCCUACCUAUAGGGAGAAACACACACACACACACAUUUUGAACAAAGAAAAGUAAAAAAAAAAAAUCGACUUCCCCACAUACUUACCACAAAGGGACAUUUAAACUGUAUUUCUAGUAGUUUAACUGUUUGUCACUUAUUUGUUUGCUGCUUUUGUCCACAAGGCAGAAUUUCACCUCCAACUCAUUUACAUGCUCUUUUGGACUGUUUCAGUGUUUUGUUUUUUGAAAUGUUCUUUGGUAUUAUUUGAUAUCGUAUCAGUUUAUUUUCCCUUAAAAAAUAUUGUUUAUAGCCCAUAUUUUACCCCUAUCUUUAUCCAAAUGUACAAUUAAGGCAUUGUGCUAAAUGUAUUUUACACCUGUUUAUCUUGAGGUUUUGUGUGAAGAGAGAUUUCCCUCCUGUCACAAGCUGCGACGACACUUUAGGUUUAGCUUUUUAAGAUGCCUGACUUCACGAGGCUCGCGAAGCUGACAAAGAAAGUCGCGAGCCUCAUUACAAAGUUUUCACACUAAUCCAGCGAGGCCCUAUCUUUUUAGCUGAUAUAAUAAUGACUGUACUUUACCCAUGUCUCUGUUUACUCACAAAUUGUCUUUUUACCAUGUUUUAAAUUAUGUUUUGUCAGUGUGAGGUAGGAAGAGGAAUGUCCAUGAAGAUGUGGAAUAAGAAAAAGGUGUGGUGAAAACUGUGAUGGAUACAUGUUAAUUUAAGUGCACAUGUGAUAGUCUGUUAAUGUAGUGUUUAGGCAGGAUUAAUCAUGUCCUUAUGCAAUAGAAACUUUUUUUUAACUGCAUCAACUGAGUGCUGAAUGUAUUUAUGAAGUACAGAGGAGUGGGAUCACCAUCCUGAGGAAUGACGUGAAAAGCUUUUGUUUUAAAUUGUUUGAGGGGGGAAAAAAAAGCAAUUAACCUUCUUUCCCUAUUUCUUUUAUCUCCUUAAAAUAUGAAAAGUCCAGGUACACAUGUACCGAAAAAAUAUUCUGUAUUAUCUGUGAAUCCUGAUCGUGUAGGACCUGCUCAUUAUUAAAAUUGAUUUAUGGCCAGUUUUUACAGUUUUAUAAAUGAAUUUCUGUCCUGUUUUCUCCCCUUCACGCUUUGGAAAUGCUCGCUAGGAAGUUUUAACUACUCACACUGCUGUACAAUGACUGACUGGAUAUGAGAGUGCUGCAAACUGAAGGCUGAUGAGCCGCUUGAGCUGUUACGUCUCUCAGCGCCGUUCAAUUCAAAAAAUGAAAAUCCUGUAUAUUUUUCCACAUAUAGAAAACUGUCUUUUUCUGAAUUCAGACUUCCAGCAGCUUUUCCUGCCACCAUCUUUAGUAAAAGGAGGUGAAUCUUUGGAUGGUUUCUGUGGGUUUUGAAAGCUUCUUUUUUUUUUUUUUCAAUCCUUCCCUGUUGUGUUUGCAUCUGUUUUGUGUUGUAUUGUCUGAAUAUUUAACUGUAUUUCAUCUUAACAUAGUAUAGUUAAGAGGCUAUUUGUAGAACUAAUUCAGGGAAAAAGGUUUCAGCUUAAAUAAUCCACUGUCACUGUUUUCAAUAAAAUAACCACAAAUUCACAAAUAAA